AUGCAGAUGCUCACGAAGUUUGAGUCAAAAAGCAACCGUGUUAAAGGUGUUGCCUUUCACCCCAAACGUCCUUGGAUUUUAGCUUCUUUACAUAAUGGCUGUAUUCAACUUUGGGAUUACCGAAUGGGAACCUUGCUUGAACGCUUUGAAGAACACGAUGGUCCUGUAAGAGGUAUCGCUUUUCAUCCUACACAGCCACUAUUUGUUUCUGGUGGAGAUGACUACAAAAUUAAAGUUUGGAACUAUAAGAGCCGCCGUUGUCUUUUCACAUUGAACGGUCAUCUUGACUAUGUGCGUACUGUUUUCUUUCACAACGAGUUGCCUUGGAUUAUUUCAGCCUCUGACGAUCAAACUAUUCGAAUUUGGAACUGGCAAUCGAGAGCAUGUAUUGCUAUAUUGACAGGCCACAACCAUUAUGUUAUGUGUGCUCAGUUUCAUCCCAAGACAGAUCUUAUUGUCUCUGCGUCUAUGGAUCAAACAGUUCGUGUUUGGGACAUUACAGGUCUACGAAAGAAAUCUCAAGCACCUACAGCGAUGACAAUGGAUGACAUGAUGGGUAGACCAGGCCCCGGCGGAGAUAUGUUUGGGGCUACUGAUGUUAUGGUAAAAUAUGUUUUAGAGGGUCAUGACCAUGGUGUUAACUGGGCUUCCUUCCACCCUACACUUCCAUUAAUCAUUUCUGCUGGUGAUGACCGUCAAGUCAAGCUGUGGAGAAUGAAUGACACCAAAGCUUGGGAAGUAGACAGUUGCCGUGGACAUUACAACAAUGUUUCCAGUGCCAUUUUCCAUCCUCGUCAAGACCUCAUCCUGUCCGAUAGUGAAGACAAAACCAUCCGAGUAUGGGAUUUAACUAAGCGUACUGCUAUCGCAACCUUUAGAAGGGAUCAUGAUCGUUUCUGGGUUUUAACCGCUCACCCAGAGCUCAAUUUGUUCGCUGCAGGACAUGAUAGUGGUCUGAUUGUCUUCAAAUUAGAACGUGAACGUCCUGCUUUCCAAGUCCAUAACAACGAACUUUAUUAUGUUAAAAACAAUAUUUUGCAUAUUCAUGAUUUCCCAAGCACUGCUGAUCAAGAAGUAUUGUCAGUCCGUAAACUUGGCUCUCAGUUCGUCGCUCCUCGUACCUUAUCCUACAAUCCUGCAGAAAGAGCGGUUUUGCUAACCUCCCCUUAUGAAGGCGGUACCUACGAAUUAUACCGUCUCCCAAAGAGUUUGGGUGGUACCCUACAAGAGCCUUCAGAUGAGUCAAUGAAAGGAUCCGGUUUUGCUGCUCUUUUCAUUGCCCGUAAUCGAUUUGCUGUAUUCGAUAAGACCAAUCAAAUGAUUCAAAUCCGUGAUCUUGCUAAUAAGGAAACCAAAUCUUUCAAAACUCCUGGUCAAGUUACCGAUGUUUUCUACGCUGGACCAGGUGCCCUAUUAAUGGCUACACCCAAUUCUGUCAUCUUAUAUGAUAUUCAGCAACGUCGUAUUACUGCUGAAUUAGCCGUGUCAUCUGUCAAAUAUGCUGUUUGGUCUAAUGAUAUGUCAAUGAUUGCACUUUUAAGCAAACACACCAUUACUCUUGCCAGCAAAGAGUUGAAGCAACUCAGCCAAAUCCAUGAAACCAUCCGUAUCAAAAGUGCUACUUGGGAUGACGUUGGCGUAUUGAUUUACUGUACUCUGAAUCAUAUUAAGUACGCCUUACCACAGGGUGAUAACGGUAUUAUUCGUACGUUAGAUCAACCUAUCUAUCUGACUAGAAUCAAAGGAAAGAAGAUUUAUGCUAUUGACCGUGAUGGCAAGGUUCGCGAAAUUGUUAUUGACCCUACAGAAUAUCGCUUCAAACUGGCUCUUGUCAGAAAACAAUAUGAAGAAGUUCUCCAUAUCAUCCGUACAUCCAACUUGGUCGGACAAUCUAUUAUUGCCUAUCUCCAAAAGAAAGGCUAUCCUGAAAUUGCUCUCCACUUUGUCAGGGAUGACAAAACCAGAUUUGAACUGGCUAUUGAAUGUGGUAACUUGGACGUUGCGCUUGAAACUGCCAAAGCAAUGAAUAAGCCUGAUUAUUGGUCCAAGCUUGGCGCUGAAGCUUUGCGCCAUGGUAAUUUCAAGAUCGUUGAACUAUGUUACCAGCGUACAAAAAAGAUGGACAAGUUGUCCUUCUUAUACCUCCUUCAGGGUAACAAAACCAAUCUUAACAAAAUGCUGGAAAUCUCUCAGAUUCAAAAGGACCCCUUAAUGCGCUUCCAAAAUGCGGUCUACCUCGGUAAUGUUGAAGAGCGUGUUCGUUUAUUACAGGAUGUCGGCCAACUACCUUUAGCUUACAUGACUGCUAAGACAUAUGGAUUAACUGAGCAAGCAGACGCUAUUUUGGCAGCUACAGGCAAAACCGAAGAUGAAAUCGACUUACCUCAAGUUCCCGAGCAAUUAUCUGAUAUUCCCAAGCCUGUCUGUCAACUCGACGAUACCAACUGGCCUCUGUUGUCUGUCUCUAAAAGCUUUUUCGAAGGUGCUUUCGCUCGUCAGCAUCAACAACAAGAACAAGAUGCUAAUGUUUCUCUCAAAGCUCCCAGUUUUUCAUAUGAUGAGCAAAUCGAUAAUAUCGAGGCAGCCGGUGGUGAUUGGGGUGAUGAUGACGACCUUGGAUUUGGUUCAGCUAAACCUGCCGUGGAAGAUGAUUUAUUAGGUACAGCCCCUGAUGAAUUUAAUAAUGAAGAUGAUAAUGGAGAAGGUGGUUGGGAUGACGAUGACGAUAUCAAGGCAGAGUUGGACGCAGAGAUGGGCAAUGUUGCUGCCAAGGAGACAGCUGAAUUCGUCGCACCAACAGAAGGCGUCAACGAAGAUACUGUCUGGGCUCAAAAGUCAAGUCAGGCUGCAGAUCAUAUUGCAGCAGGCGCGUUUGAAAGUGCCAUGCAAAUUUUGAACCGUCAAAAGGGCAUUGUCAAUUUCGAACCACUCAAAUCUCAUUUCUUGGCGAUUUAUCAAGGUGCCCAUAUCACUAUUGCUGGUUUAUCCAGCACACCAAAUAUCACACAUAAUUUACGACGUGACCCUGAGAACUCUUCACCACGCAAUACGCUGCCUGUGGCUGUAUAUAACUUCCAAAACAUUGUUACUACACAGCUUCAAGCUGCUUAUCGUUUGUUCACUUCGGGCAAACUGGUUGCCGCUGCUCAAAGUUUCAAAUCGUUAUUACAUUCAGUUCUCUUUACGAUAGCAGCAGAUGACAAUGAAGCAACUGAAUUGGUUCAAUUAGUUGGUAUCUGUCGUGAAUAUCUUUUGGGUCUUGCUAUGGAACAAAAGCGUAGAAGUAUUACUGGUCAAACACCCGAAGAAUUGAAGCGUGCUUUGGAAUUAGCUUCAUAUUUUGCUCAUUGUCAAUUACAAACGCCACACAUGCAGUUAGCUUUACGUCAAGCAACAAAACAAGCUUUCAGAGCUAAGAACUUUAGUACAGCGUCACAGUUCGCAACUAGAUUGCUUGAACUUGCUCCUCCAAGAACAGUAGCUGAAGAGGCACGCAAAAUCCAGUCCGUUUGUGAACGUACAUUGCACGAUGAACUUGCAUUCGACUAUGAUCAAUACAAUCCCUUCGAUGUUUGCGCAGCCACUUUUGAACCUAUUUACCGUGGCUCUGCUAAGGUUGAAUGUGGCUAUUGUAAAGCUUCAUAUAAACCCGAGUACGAAGGCAAGGUUUGCAGCAUCUGUGAAGUUGCAAAAGUUGGUGGAAUUUAG